AGAAAACACAGUAUCGUUAAAUAAAAAACACCGUAGUGAUUCCUCUUUUUUUCCCUGCAAAUGGCGUCGAAAGCUAGAACUCUGUUCCUGGUUUCCCUCUUGAUCAUGGCGGCCGUAGCGGUCGGCCCAAUGGCUGCUGAGGCCCAGCUGGGGAUCAUCAGCGGGCUUUUGGGCUUGAUCAACGUCCAUGGCACUGUGUUUUGCACCGCCAAUGGCAACAUGGGUGCAAACGGCACUGCCACCCCUGUUUUCCCAAAUGCAGGUGUGCAAUUGCAGUGUGGAGGCACUAUAAUAUCAACCACAACAACAAACGCAGCUGGUAUAUUCUCCAUCCUCUUGGAUCCUCUCCGCUUCAUUCUCACCACGCUCUUAAACGACUGCAGCGUGAGAGUCACAACUCCGCUCUCCACCUGCAACGCCACCCUGCCUUCCGUCGGCGGCCUCCUCUCUUCCCCACUUCAGUUCGUCGGCGACAUCCUCGUCGGCCUCCUCAGGGUUACUCAGCUCGUCCCCACGGGAUUCAACCUCCUCCCGUCCAACAGCAACAAUAAUUAGCUUUGGAAAACGGUUGACCUGAUGAUGAUCAAGUUUGAGUGUAUAAUUGCUUUGUGCAUGUACGAUUGUUGUAACGUGUGAGGGACCAUGUUGUUAUAAAAAAAAAUAUAGUACGAAUAAGGUCUAAUCGUAUAUGUAUGUUUGUAUUUCAAUUUCAAUAAUGAGGGUGCAAUGGUACUAAUGAAGUAUGAUUGUUGUAAUGAUGUUGUGUUUGGAAUAUGGUUAAGUUGUAAUUUUGCUAUUCAAUGAAGUGUGUAAUUUACGUGUU